AUGCUUGGACUUCGCUUGCUUCCCCUCCUCCUUCUGCCAUUCUCCUCUGCGUCGGUGCUGGCGCCCCGCAGCUCGACCGCGUGCAACAACUCGCCCGAUCUGUGCGACAAGUCGUAUGGGGAGAUUACGCAUCUGGGUGCACACGACAGCCCGUUUCUGCGCGAUUCAUCCACUAGUUACUCCACUGCGGGGAACCAAUAUUACAACACUACUGUCCAGCUCUCGGCUGGCGUUCGGUUGGUGACUGCCCAGGUGCAUAAGAAUAAUGGAGCAUGGCAUCUAUGCCACACCAGUUGUGAUCUGUUGGAUGCAGGGACGCUGGAGUCGUGGUUGGUGGAAAUCAAGACCUGGCUGGACAACAAUCCCAAUGAUGUUGUCACUGUCCUACUGGUGAAUUCGGACAACGCAGCCGCAUCCGACUUGAAUGCUGUCUUUGAAGCCGCUGGCAUCGUGAAGUACGCCUACAAGCCGAACUUUACGUCCCCGCCUGCGACAUGGCCCACGCUGCAGGAGCUCAUCAGUGCUGGAACGCGGAUGAUGACCUUUGUCGCCUCUCUUUCCUCCAAUGCCGGCGCGGAAUAUCUCAUGGAUGAAUUCACCUACAUCUUCGAGAACAAUUACGAUGUCACGGCUGCCUCGAACUUCUCCUGCCAGCCCAAUCGUCCUUCGACGGUCGAGAACAACAUCGCUGCCGCCCUGUCCUCGAAUCGCCUGCCGUUCAUGAACCACUUCCUGGAUUCGCAAGAGGCUCUGGGAAUCGAGAUCCCCGAUGUCAGCGCCAUCGACACGACGAACGGGCAGUCCGGCACGGGAAACCUGCAAACCGCGGCGACGACGUGCAAGAGCCAAUACGGGGGCCGGCAGCCUACUUUUAUCCUGGUCGACUUCUUCGACAAGGGCCCUGCAAUUGCGACGGUGGACAUGCUGAACAACGUCACCAAUCCGGUUGGACGGUCUCCUGUUCCAAACACCAACUCGGAUGAUACCGCCAGCAGCGGCAGCAGCGGCCUGGCCGAACUCGUCAGCCAAGCCAAGAGCGGCGCCAACCCGACGCUGGGCAAUUGGAUCUGGGUAGGUGGUAGAUGGGGCAGCCUGCUGGGAGGAGGCGUUUCGAUUUAA